AUGGUGAGGCUAGAACUUCUGUUACUCAAGGAGGACUUCAUCUUUGUGGGAAAAUCCGAAACCUGGCUGGACAGGUCACAUGACUUGGAUGCAAAUAUUCAAGGGUGCAUCAUCUCCACAUCUCCUUCCCCUCAGAUUGGCUCCCGCUCUGAUGUCAGAGCCGAAGAGAUCACUCUGCCGCUGCACCAUGCUCGUUCUCAUCAAGAUAAAGAUCUUCCAAAUUAUCUGCCUGGCACACCUCAGCAUGUAGAUCAGAAUGAGCAGCUGGAUUCUCCACCACCAUGGAAAGCAACACCUAAUACAAAGAUUCCAGAGCCCAGGUUCCUGGUACCACCUGGUCUAGAGCACCUGAGCAAGGUACAACAGAUCAUUAUUCAUCAACAAGUGGAGUUGCUGGGAGUAUUCCUUGGCACCGAAAAGAGCAACAAGUAUGAAAUAAAGGACAUCUUUGGACAAAGAAUUUACUUUGCAAAAGAAGAAAACAUCUACCUUAACAAAAACUUAUGUGGCCCAGUGCGGCCUUUCAAAAUGCACGUUUCUAAUAAUGCUGGCCAGGAAGUAAUCACAGUUAUUAGACCCCUGAGAUGCAUUACUUGCUGCUUUCCCUGCUAUUUGCAAGAGCUGGAAGUACAAGCUCCUCCAGGUACAACGGUUGGCUUCAUUGUCCAGAAGUGGGAUCCACUCCUGCCAAAGUUCACAAUUCAGAAUGAAAGCAAAGAAGAUGUGCUGAUGAUCAUUGGUCCAUAUUUAACAUUCAGCUGCUUAGGCGAUGUGAAUUUUGAGGUGAAAACAUUAAACGAAAAGUCAGUGAUUGGCAAGAUUUCCAAGUACUGGUCAGGAUUUGUAAAUGACGUUUUUACCAAUGCUGAUAACUUUGGGAUAGAAUUUCCUGUUGAUCUGGAUGUAAAACUGAAAUCUGCUUUGAUUGGCACCUGCUUCCUAAUAGAUUUGAUGUACUUUGAGCAAUCUUCUGACGGAAUCUAA